AUGGUGCCCGCUUCGGGUCAAACACGCUCCUCCUCCCUCCUCCUCCUCCUCCUCCUCCUCCUCCUCCUCCUCCUAUUUGCACCCAAUCUGCACCACUCCACGCGCCCCACCAUCGAUUGCACCGUGUUCCUCGAGAAUAUUUCCAAGGAUCCUCGAGGGUUCGUGUCUGGCGGCUCACGUAUGCCAGGCUCGAGCAGCAUCUCCACCAGCGACGCCGAGAACACAGUUCUGGGAAACACUGGGUAUGACGCCAUCCUCCUCGACGAGCUCGCGCACACCUCCCUCCGUGACGGUAUCAACCUCUCCUGCUGCCGCGUCUUUGCGCACGGCGACGCCGCCACGCUCCGCGACGUCCUCCAACAGGUGCUCAAGAAGCACCGUAGCAUUACCGCGGGCAAGGUGACGGUCUUCGUCGUCGUCGAGACGCUUGUCAACAAUGCCAGUUUACUUCUUGCUAUCGCGCGGGACGCUCUGCUCGGGUUCCCACCGUACAACUUCCGCAACAACACGCUCGUGGUCAUCGCGUCUCUGUUCGCGCAGAUCUUCAACUCGUUCAGCCGCCGGUACAACAUCUUCGAGGUGUGCUCAGGGACCCAUGAACUCGCCGUCCAGCACCUUUCCGUUUUCAUCGGAGGCGUCGUAUUUGCUGUCACGCGCCUCGCCGGUCGUGAGUGCGGCGUUUCCCUCACGCUCAGUGUUGUUUCCCUCGCGAUCAGCGUCGUCUCCCUCGCGAUCAAUGUCGUCUCGACCCGCUGGGCGCGCUCAUCCGCAUGGUUCCCAAUGCCCCCUGCAAACACAUUCAAGGCGCUCAGGUGA